CGUCUAUCGAAUAAAUAAACAAACUGUUGUCAUUUCUAUUAUUUUAACUUUAGCUUAUUGCAUCAAUUAUCCUAACGCAAUAACCUACGGUAAACAACUUAACCAGUCACAUUAGAGCGUCUUCAACAAUGUCGUACUUGGUACCUCAAAACUCUAAAUCCGUGAAGAACAGGUUCGAAUCCAUGAAUGAGCAGCCGAGUCCGCGCUCCCAACAAUCCCACUUCAUGGUUUCUCCGGAUAAAUUGGACAAGGUCACCAGAAGAGUCAUCGCGCCGUACGCACAGAUAGAACGGAAAGUUCCAAAGGAGGAAGUGAGCCAGCCGCCGCGGCACCUGGACCUGAGCCGCUUCACGCAGUUCCUCGGCGAGGAGGUGGAGGACCUGGACUCGCUGCUGUAUGAGACCGCUGUGGUGCUGAAGACUGUCACUGGUAGCUGUGGUGUUUUCGUCUACAUCGUGAAUAAGGCGAAGAAUGAGAUCGUCAUGAUGCCACACCACACCAAGAAUCCUGACCGACAUGAAGUCAAUAUUCCUAUUGGUGAAGGUAAAGUGACGGCGGCCCACGUGGCGUCCACCAAGGAGUACCUAGUCCUCGACGACGUGCCCCGGGACACGCGCUUCUCCGAGGGCCUCAAGUGGGUGGACGCGAAGACUGCCCUGUGCAUGCCGGUGGUGAAGCCAGAUGGAGAGUGUUAUGCCGUGCUCGAGUUCUUUAGGACGCAUUGUACGCCGUAUGAUAGUAACGUGGUAUACGCAGUGGUCUCAGUCUCUUGCUGGGCGGGGGCGGCGGCGCACGGGGCGCGCGCGCGGACCCUGCUGCGGCGCGCGGCCACGCUGCACGCGGCGCUGCUGGCGCUGCUGCAGAACUACUUCUGCGAGCGCGCCGAGAGGGACGCCAUGGUGGGGGAUAUGCUGGCAGUAGUGAAGACAUAUCUCCACGCAAUGCGCUCAUCAUUCUUCAUCGUGGACAAGGAAGGAGCUAGCGGCGAGCUGAUGGCCGACAUGUGGGACGACGGCUGGGCCGGCGAGAGUAGUGCCAUGACCAAACGACGGGUUAGAGUUAAUUUCACCCACGACAACUCGCCCGCAGCGCACGUGGCGCGCACGGGGCAGCAGCUGAACAUCCCCGACGCGUACAAAGACAAGCGGUUCAGCCGGGAGGUGGACCCGACCACCGGCAAUAUCGUGAGGGCCACGUUAGUGUCGCCCAUCACGGAUAAACAUGGGGUUAUUGGCGUGGUCCAACUGACCAACAAGUUGGACGGCGGCGUGUUCGACGUGGAAGACCAGGAGAUCUUCGACGUGUUCGUGAAGUACUGCUCGCUGAUCGUGCACUUCGCUUCUAUGCAGCAGAAGAUGAUAUUUCAUAACAACCUCAACAAAGUGUACUCUUCUAUGCUGAGCCUGCACCUGUCUCCGUGCAAACAUGACAUGGCCGAGCUGAUGGCCACGGGCGGGGUGGCCGAGCCGCCACCUGACUUUCACAGCUUCGACUUCUACAUAUCCGACGCGACUCGGGCUGACAUGCCCGGAUUGGUCGCCUACAUGUUUCUGGAGCUAUUCCCGCCACACCUGUUCGACCGCCCUCGAAUGUCGGAGUUCGUACUAACCAUACUGCAGACGUACCGACCAAUGCCGUACCACAACUCCGAACAUGCGUUCUGUUUCACACAUACGAUGUAUCUGAUACUGAGAGAGAAUAGCGGGUAUUUUGAUGAGGUUGAGACGAUAGCACUGCUGAUAGGGGGUCUGUGCCACGACCUGGACCACCCCGGGGUCAACAACAACUUCCUGGCGCUCACCAAGCACCCGCUGUCGCAGAUGUACCGGACUUCCACACUGGAGUACCAUCAUUACUUCAUGGCUAAGAAGAUUAUUGACGAAAAGAACAUCCUAUCCCGGCUGCCCCAUGAGGACCGGGAGCGAGUGAUGGAGGAGAUCAAGUCCAACAUACUGUGCACGGACCUGGCAGUGUACUUCCAAAUGCGGGCUCAACUGGCGCCGGUGGUGGCGGAGCAGGCGUUCGACUGGGGCGAGCAGAGGCAUCGGCGGAUGCUCAAGGGUAUCAUCAUGACGACAUGCGAUCUCUCUGGAUGCUGCAAGCCGUUCCAAAUAUCAAAAAUGAUUGCCGAGAAAGUAUAUGAGGAGUUUUACAGACAAGGCGACAUGGAGCGCGCGCGGGGCUACUUACCCCUGUCCAUGAUGGACCGGCGCCGCCGCGGCCGGCAGCCGCCCGAGCAGCUGCAGUUCUUGGCCGUGGUGCUGGCGCCGGCGCUGCUGCUGCUGCGCUCUGUGCUGGGGGGGGUCGAGCCGCUAUUGGAGAAUGCCAGAAAGACCCAGGACGGCUGGCGUGAAGAGAUCGAAAUCCGGGGUCAGAAGGUGUGGAGACAGGAGGACUCCAUCCCGAGAACACGCUCCACAGACAUUGCCCUAGCACCUUCCUAGGUAGCCUAAUGUUUACUGAUGUUGAAUUGUAGGAAGGAAAUGUGUGAUAUUUUAUGAUUCGUGUUUUGUGUUGUGGAAUUAGGUUUUAGAUAUAUGUAUUAUGUUGCAUAUGA